CCGAGACACUGUAGGACAACCGGAUAACGGGAACCGAGAAGGGGGACAGGAGCAGAACGCGUCAGUCUGACAGACAUAGAGGGGGUGCUAUUGUAUAACACGGGCCUGCGAGGGUUUUUUCCCCUCUUCUUCUUCCUCUCCUGGCUGCUUCUGCGAGGAGGAGCGACUCCUGUUUCUUUUUUUCCGUCCUUUUCUUCUCCUAUUUUCUCUCACCGCGGAGGUGUGAAGCGGAGCGGGGCUCGGCGUUGCAUCGCUGGCGGAGGACCUGCACAUGUCGGCGCGGUGAGGUUUGUUUCCCCGCCCUGAUACGGCUGGAGGACGGCAGAGGAGGGAGGAGGAGGAGGCUGUGUGGAGGGGUGUGAACCGCGACGAGAACAACAUUAUUACAGAGAAAGGAGAGGGGGAAAAAUCAGAAGAAUAAACGGCGGAGAAAGAUCCGAGGAGAAAAAAAAACGAGCCAGAAGGACAACAGUGAUGCGGCAGCCGAGGUGGGCCCAGAUUGAUGAUUUUAUGAUAUCAUCACUCACCGCCAGGACCGAUUUUUAUUGAUAAGGAGCAUCAUCGAGGAGAAUAAACUGGACCUGGAGUACGUUUGAUCCAGAUAAACAAGGAGGAGGAGUGUUUUUUUUUUUCUUUCUCCCUGUCUGGAAGGAGCUCAGCUGCAUGAAAACACACAGAAAUAAAUAUCCAAAUUUAGGCCGAUGACUUAGUGUGCGUGUGUGCGUGCAUGUGUGUGUGUGUGUGACGCCAAUACAGCAGCAGAGAGGUGUGUGUGUGUGUGUGUGUGUGUGCGCGCGUGCGUGCGUGCGUGUGUGUGUGAGGAGACGCGCCUGUCUGAGCAUCAUCAGGAGGAUGUUCCACCAGCGAUCUGUGCGUAAAAGCCAGAAGAUUCAGGGAUGGUGCUGAUGCUGCCAUUUCCAGUCCGGCUCUGAUACAGGCAGCGAGGCGCGCAGCUCAGAGGGGGGGACUGGACAUCCAGAAAACCUCUCUCCUCCUCUGCACCUUUCUCCCCCCCGCCCCCCUCCCCCUUUAUCUCUCACCCCUCUCCUCCUCCUCCUUCCCUCCCCCCCUUCCAGCGUCUGAUCAAUUGAUCUGUGAUUCAGAAAAGCCACCCACUUCUUCCUUCCUCCAUCCUCUCUCCUCCAUUCUUUUUUUUAAAUUUAUUUUUUAACGCACUUUGGCAAAAAAAAAAAAAAAAAAAAAAAGGCACGGACGCGCAACCGCCAUCAUGGAGACGACCAAGCUGCCUCCGUCCAGCCCGUCCUCGCCGACCACCAGCUUCUCGGUGCCGUCCGCGGAGAAGGUGGACGGCUUCCCGCGGCGCUCCAUGCGCAGAGCCCGGCAGAGGAGGUCCCACAGCUCGUCCCAGUUCCGCUACCAGAGCUCCCAGGUGGAGCUCACCCCACUGCCCCUGCUCAAAGACGCCCCGGUGGCAGAGUUACACGACCUGUUCUGUAAGAAGCUGCAGCAGUGCUGUGUGCUGUUUGAUUUCCUGGACUGUGUGGCCGACCUGAAGGGGAAGGAGAUCAAACGUGCGGCGCUCAAUGAGCUGGUGGAGAGCGUGGCCACGAGCAGAGGAGUCCUCAUAGAGCCUCUGUACCCCGAGGCUAUAAAGAUGAUCUCGGUAAAUAUCUUCCGCACUCUGCCGCCCAGCGAGAAUCCAGAGUUUGACCCAGAGGAAGAUGAGCCGACACUGGAAGCCUCCUGGCCUCAUCUGCAGCUGGUGUACGAGUUCUUUCUGCGUUUCCUGGAGAGCCCAGACUUCCAGCCCUCCAUGGCCAAACGCUACGUCGACCAGAAGUUCGUCUUGCAGCUUCUGGAGCUGUUCGACAGCGAGGACCCCAGGGAGAGGGAGUACCUAAAGACCAUCCUGCACCGCGUCUAUGGAAAACUACUGGGCCUCCGAGCCUACAUCCGCAAACAGAUCAACAACAUCUUCCUCAGGUUCAUAUAUGAAACUGAGCACUUCAAUGGAGUUGCAGAGCUGCUGGAAAUCCUUGGCAGCAUCAUAAAUGGCUUCGCUCUGCCUCUGAAGGCCGAACACAAGCAGUUCCUGGUUCGGGUUCUCAUCCCGCUACACACAGCAAAGUCCCUUUCCAUCUUCCACGCACAGCUGGCCUACUGUGUGGUGCAGUUUAUGGAGAAAGAUGCUACAGUGACUGAAUAUAUCAUCAGAGGGCUGCUCAAGUACUGGCCAAAAACGUGCACGCAGAAAGAGGUGAUGUUCCUGGGCGAGAUCGAGGAGAUUCUGGAUGUGAUAGAGCCGUCUCAGUUCAUCCGGGUUCAGGAGCCGCUCUUCAAGCAGAUAGCAGCCUGUAUCUCCAGCCCUCACUUCCAGGUAGCGGAGCGGGCUCUUUACUUCUGGAACAACGAAUACAUCCUCAGUCUGAUCGAGGAGAACUGUCAAGUCAUCCUGCCGCUGGUGUUCGCCACCCUCUACAGAGUCUCCAAGGAGCACUGGAACCAGACCAUCGUGUCUCUGAUCUACAACGUGCUGAAGACCUUCAUGGAGAUGAACAGCAAACUGUUUGAUGACCUCACUGCCUCCUACAAAGUGGAGAAACAGAAGGAGCUUAAGCGAGAAAGGGAGCGUGCUGAGCUGUGGCGAGGCCUGGAGGAGCACCAGGAGCGCCGGAUGCAGAUGCUCACCGAGGCCGCCAGGAACCAGCGCAACCUCCAGGAGCGAGGCGAGAGAGGGGACCCGCUGACCCCCUCGUCCCCGCAGACGGCUCACUCCGACCAGCCCGAGCCCAAACCCAGCGGGGCCUCCUCCGGGGAGAGCGCCACCUAGGUGCCGCUCCACAGAGAUGGGAUAACACGGGGGGUUAGGGGGGACGGGGAGAAGACGUGGUGGUCAAAGUGUUGGGAGGCAGAAAAAAGGUACAAAGCAAACGUGUUUAUUCACGUCUUGCAUCACCGAGGUGGCAGCUUUUUGUAAAAAGGCGCCAACUCUGUGAUCCAAGGUCCAAACCGUACCUUCUUUCUGACUUAUCUGUGUGAAACUGCUUCACUUUUUUUGCUGUACACACAUUAUGUUGCAGAUCAGAAGAUGAAUAUUGUCCAAAAGUGCAGACUGUUAUUUUAACUACCAGCUGGUUUAUCAAACUGCAGGUCGGUACCUACAAAUCGGUGGCUGGCCUGCUUCAAAUCAGCCUCAAAAUAAGAGAUAAAAACGUCUCUUUUGGUGCAACACUAAUCAAGUUUAACAUCCGUCUACAUACAGUCGAGUUCUAGUCUGUACUGUGGCUUUGUACUCAUCUUAUGGUCAGAGAUGCUUGUUUCAUGCGUGGAUAGCACAAUACAUCAAUAAACAAAAGAAGCAGUUUCACACAAACGCCCCAAAACUUUUACCAAACAGACCAGAGACACACAAACCACCACAUAAACACACAAACAACACACAGGUGCAGGUACAUAUUUACUGUAAAUAUCAGAAGGCAGAGCUACAGAGUGUAUCCCAGGUCACACAAACACCAACAACUGAUUGAUGCACCAAAACAAACCACACAUACUUAUAUAUACAAACACACACAGCUGGUUCUAACUCCUCUCCCAAUCUGCUGGGUUCCACCAAAGGAUGAGCCUAAAGUCCCUUAAGGUUAAAUAAUAACCUCUGCUGAAGAUGAUGAUACUGAUAUAAAGUACAAUAAUGUUCCUUCUUCUUACUUGUUACUCUACUACUACUACUCUACUCUACUCUAAGUACUACUGACGAUGAUGAUGAUGAUAAUGUUUUUAUAUAUAUAUAUACAUAUGUCUCUGGAUAUUUCUGUAGUGUAUUAUGGGAAAACACUAGUGUAGCAGAUACCAUAAAGGGGAAGGCCGACUCGAAUUCUGAAUUCACAUCACAUGUUAAAUGUAUGAGGCCAUAAUGUGAGUGCUGAAAUUCAGCAGAAUUCCCCUUUAACAGACCUUAAAGAGGGGAGGAAUGAACUGGAUUGGCGGUGGCUGUUUUUCUUUUAUUUAGAAAUUUUUGAUAUUUGUGGUGUGGCGGACAGAUCUUAAAGGGGUAUUUCAUUUUUAAAAAAUCCCAAACAUUCCACAUUUAAAGGUCAUGAAUAUGUUUUAAAGGUGCCCUGUUGAGUUUUCUUUUUAUAAACACAGUUACAUUUACAUUCAGUGUUACCCACCAAAAUCCAUUGUGGGUAUUCUAGAGGCCUGACGGGUGAAUUGUGUUGAACACAUUUCCUUCCUCAUGGAACAUUUGAUUGUUUUUAACCCUCCUGUUGUCCUCAUUUACGGGCACCAAAAAUUGUUUCCUUGUCUGAAAAAAAAUCCAAAAAUUCGGCAAAAAAAUCCCCAAAUUUCUGAAAAUUUGCAAAACUUUCAAGAAGAAAAUUCCAGUAAUUCCUUAAAAGUUUUAUUUAAAAAAUUCCACAAAUUUGGCAAGAAAAUUUGUAAAAAUCUUCAAAAAAAAUCCUAAAAAUAUCUAAAGUGAUUACAUAUAUAUCAGUAAAACUUGUAAUAUUCCCUUAAGAACAUUCACAAAAAAGUCAACCAAAAUCCAGCGAAAUUUGCUGGAUUUUGGUUGAUUUCUUUUGUGAAUAUUCUUAAGAAACAUUUUAACAUCGCUUUUUUUUCCAGCAAAAAAUGUUCAAAGAUUUCCCGAAAAUGUUGAAAAUGUGGACAUCAGAAGUUUCACUGUGAAAAUAUAUAUUUUUUUCUCACAUUUUCAAACUUUAAACCGGGUCAAUUUUGACCAGCAGGAAAACACGAGGGUUAAACCUGCGUUGUUUACAUCCGUGUUCGCUAGCUAGCCGUCUUCUUCUUCACUGCUACAUUUCUUUGCACUCUGUCGCCACCAACUGUUGAUCAGUGGAACAAAACCGGAACCUGCUCAUAUAAAACAUUAGCUCUGCGGCGCCUUUAUUGGUCAAAAGUUCCACAGGGUACCUUUAGCGUUGGCAUUAUGGUUAGAAGUUUGUCAAAUUCAACUAUUUGCUUUGCUUACAAUUUCAAUUUUGUAAACCCCACCUAACCCAGAAGUGACAGAAAAACGAAUGAAGCGCACCACAACUGUCUCAAACCAAAAAGGAAAAACACCGUAAUCCAGUUGGAUUUCUGAACCCGGAGCGUCCGAAGGUCUCUGCGGACCGACGCUGCUAGAUGGUAACCAUGACGACUUACUUUGGCGUGAACCAACAAAAAAAAAAAAAAUCUGUUUAUUCUUGUCUGAUCAUUAUGAUAGAGCGACGGGAUAAAGAGACGGCGGGGAAAAAACAAAAAAAAUUAUUUUAGCAAUAUUUUCAUUCUUUCAGGAUAAUCUGUGUUUUUAGGGGGCUAAACAGGAAGCGGGCGUCACGCUCAAAUGUUUACCUCCCACUCUUGUUUUUACUCCUGUUGCGUCCUUGAUAUUCACAUUGUCUUAAAGGUACCUUCUGUGUAAAAUUAUUUGACGAGAAAUGAUUUUUUGCUUUGUAAUUAUGUUGUUUAUUUUCUUGUUUUUUGUAUGAUCUUGUUCAUUUUGUGGAAAACUGAUACUGAUGCUAUUUAUUUUCUAUUUGAUCAGGAAAUGUAACCUUAUUUGAAGAUGAUGGUCAGGUUGUGUAUGUGUGUUUGUGCGCGUGCAUGAGUGUGUCGGAGAUGUGCGUCGACAGAGCGUCGGAGAACGAGAGAUGACCGUUUUCUCUUUGCUUCUUUUUCUCUCUCUCUCCUUCUCUCCUUCCUGAGGGACAGGGUUUUGAAUUCGAAUGUAUCGUUAAAAAAAAAAAAAAAAAGAAAUUGAUUGUUUUUUUUUCGAGACGCAGAGCUACCUGUCAGCUGCUUCGUAACCAAACAUUCAAAAAAAAAAAAAACAAACCCGUCAGACCUGCAGUUUUUUCUAGACACUCGCUUCAAAUCGCGCCCGAAUCGACAUAGGUUUUGAAAUCCAUUUGAUUUGUGGUUUCUGCCCUGCUUCCUACAUAUCCCAGUUCUUCUGAAGGCCUCAGCUGUUGCUCAGUUGAUGCUUUCGUUUAAUUUGCGGAUGAUAUAUCAAACAUCUAGGCUACAGUUCUGACAAAGUUGAGCACAAAAGUUCAUUGUCAAGCUAGAAAACAGUAAUUUGACAAAAUUUACUCCUCAAGGUCUACUUGCUCACUUUUUCUGCCUACAUCAGGGUCUGGAGCUGCAGAUUCAUCCAGUAACUGCAGUAUGGAAUGAAGUUACAGGUGUUUUGAAUGUAUUGUCACAUAAUGGCACCUGAGCUCUCAGUGUAACAAUUCAACAAACUCAGUUGACUGAUGAUGACUGAAAGCUCCGGAAAAAGCUAGAAAAGGCAUCCUGAGUUAAGUUUAUUUACUUUUCUGAUUGCUUUUUUUAAUUUUUUGAAGCCUGAGGAGUUUUUUCCCCCUAGUAUUUCACAGGAAAAAUGCAAAAAUCCAAAGUAAAGCAGCAAACGUGUGUCCCAAUUUAGCUCCACCUCAGUAACCCACAUCAACAAAAGAGCAUUGAGACUUUUGUGUGAAUGAAAUCUUUGUCACCGUUUUAAAGCUGCAGUAGGCAGAAAUCUGGGACAGAAAAAACUAACAGGAACUCCUAUCAGAUGAACAUUUUGCACAUGGUUUAAAUUUGCAAAAAUAGUCUAAUUCAGUCAUGGCUUCAGAUUUGAUUGGCUCUCCUGAGAUUAAUUAUUUUGUUUACUCCACAGAAUCACCACACCCAACUUUCAACACUGACUCCGCUGUUAUUUAGAAUUUAUCACCAGAUCUUUGUAAACAGACCUGCGAUGGGCUAAAGUCGCCCAUUACAAUCUCCUUCCCUCUUGCACCAUUUGGAUACCAGUAUCUAGAAAAGUUUAGCCCAAUGAUGCCCUCCUAAAAAAACUGCCUACUGCAGCUUUAAAUAAUCGCUAAUUAAUUCUUUCUGGUUUGUUUUAGGACCUAAUAACCCCACUAGGUCUGAAAAACUAAUCAAAAAUAUGAUCAAAAUUGUAACAUAGUGAAGUGUAAAAUCACAAGAGCUGCAUUUUUUUGCUAGAAGAUAAAAGUAAAAUACUAUUAUGAAAAUAAUAUGAAGCGUUGUGGUGCUGCAGAUACACUCUGACCUACAAAACAUCAUUUAUAUAAGGUUUUUAGUGAAGAAUUCUUCCAGUUAAAAUGGUGAUUCAUAUCACAAUAUCUGUCAAAAUAUUGGCAAUACAUAUAUGUUUUUUGUUUGCCAACACUUCUUUUUAUUCAUUUCAGGCAGAAUAUUUUUCCCGCUUGCCACAGCGUAGAUGUAAGAUGCAGCAUUUCACGUUGUCCUUGUUCCCGGAAAACCACAGAAAAUACAUCGAUGGAUUAGUCGUUAAAGCAGCUUCACCAGUAAGUACCUCAAAAUCUGAACCUGCAAACCCCACCUGAAACUUCUUUUGGGUUGGAUUUCAAACACUGUUUCGAUUCAGGCGUGCAACGCUCAAAAAAACCACAACUGAAAAGACACCAAACUCGACCUCGCUGUCAUGAAAGUAUGUUUAUGAUUUUCGUUUAGGCUAGCUUCCUCACAGACCCUCUUGAUUGUUACUGUCGGUCGGUCGGCUGACUCGGGGAAAUUAAAACCCCAGCUCCCACAGAUUUAGAAUUCGCUGUCGAUUAACAUUCCUCAACUCCAGAAUUGCGUCAUCCGGUCUAUAAGUGCUCCUGCACAGGAAGCGAGAGAGGAGAGAGCCGUUGGUAGAGAGCUCUGGUUUGAACUCGGACGGCCGUCGAACGCCGCUUUCAUCGCCGAGGCCGUUUCACGAGGCAAGAUUGGAACGAAACACUUUAAACCAGAGGGACGAUGAAAAACAGCCGGUAAAGUUAGAAAAACAGAGGAGGAGAAAGACAGAGGAAAGAAAAGAGUUAGAUACGAUAGAAUGGCAAUAAGUCAGAGCAACAGAAUAUAAUGUUACCGAAACCUACAACCGCAUUACGUAGCAAUUUCACUGAAUCUCUAGAUUUGCACUGUCUGCCCAAUGGUCUGUGUUUGUUGUGUUGAAGAAAAAAAACAUAGAGAAGAUGAUAAAGGCGAUGCAGAAGAAGAAGAAGAUGUAUAUUUUGGGGACCAACACAGCGGUGGGGGGGUCUGAAUGUAGAGAGGCUUACUACUGUACGUAACAUUACAGGGGGGUGUAGAAUGGAGAAAAAAAAACUAUGUGCUAAAAAUGAAACUUCACUUUGAGAAAACA